UACAACAAAUCGCGUCAAAACGUGCCUGUAGAAAGUGGUCAAAUAAACUCGAUUUCUGUCAAAAUCAUUUUCACGAUGGGAAAGCUGAAUGUAACGUUGUUGAGAUAUCUCUCCAAAGAAGACUUUAGAGUACUCACAGCUGUUGAGAUGGGCAUGAAGAAUCAUGAGUUAGUCCCAGGACCCCUUGUGGCAUCUAUUGCUGGACUUAAGCAUGGAGGCUGCCAUAAAGUGUUGAAGGAGCUUGUAAAACACUGUUUGGUGUGUUAUGAAAAGGCUGGAAAAAGAGCCGAUGGAUAUCGUCUCACCAACAGUGGAUAUGACUAUCUUGCCCUCAAGGUGCUGACACAACGAGAUGUGGUUGCUGCUGUUGGUAACCAGAUUGGUGUUGGCAAGGAAUCAGAUUUGUACAUUGUUGCUAAUGAUGAUAAUGAACAGUUUGCCCUCAAACUUCAUAGACUUGGUCGCACGUCAUUCCGCCAGUUGAAAAACAAGCGAGACUACCACCAGCGCAGGAAAUCUUGUUCUUGGAUCUAUUUGUCGCGGUUGUCUGCAAUGAAGGAAUUUGCUUACAUGAAGGCAUUAUAUGAUAAUGGUUUCCCUGUACCUAAACCUGUGGAAUAUAACAGGCAUGCAGUGGUCAUGGAGUUACUAGGUGGACACCCAUUGUGCCAGAUCCAUGAAGUGAAAGACCCUCCUUCACUGUACAGUGAGUUGAUGGAACUGAUCGUAAAGCUCGCUCGCUGUGGCCUCAUUCAUGGUGAUUUUAACGAGUUCAAUCUGAUGCUGGAUAACAACGACAGGGUGACCAUGUUUGAUUUCCCUCAAAUGGUCUCAAUAUCACACAUCAAUGCUGAAUGGUAUUUCAACCGUGAUGUUCAGUGCAUCAAGGACUUCUUUGCCAAACGAUUCCAUUAUGAGAGUGAACUAUUCCCAAGCUUUUCAGACAUCAAGAGAGAGUCUACACUUGAUAGAGAAGUGGCUGCAAGUGGCUUCACGAAAGAAAUUGCAGACGAAUUUGACGAGGCUAUUGAUGACUUUGGUUUGAGACAUGGGCCUGAUGCUGACGCGGAGGAUGAGGAAGAGGAAGCUGGUGGUCAUCUGGAGGAGGAGGAAAAUGAGGAAGAGGACAAUAAUGUACCUGAACUUGCACAAAUUCCAGAUCCAUCCAACGAAGGACAAAUUCAGACGACAGAUGCAUGUAUUAGUGGACUAAGUGAAAUGACUUUGAGAACUGAUAGUGAUGAAAAGCAAACUUUAGAUUCAAAAGAUGUGUUGGAAAAUUCAAAUGGUGAGAACUCUUGUAAUUCUGAUGAUGAAAAUGACACUUUUGAUCUUGAUGAUAUCAAAAUAGACAAUAAGGCUUUCCGCCCUUUCCGUGAUGAAGAACAGCAUACGAAUGCCCACUUCCUGAAACAAACAUACAGUGUUGGUACGUCUCGGACGAGCGUUCCUCCAGAGGUGAUCCGGGCACGGGUCAAAAGCCAGGAAAAGAGAAAGCAAGCGAGACAAACUGCGCAGAGGGCAAGGAAGCAUGGUGAGGCGGCUGCUAUUACAAAGGAACGGAGAGAAAAUCGAGAUGAUAUCAAACAGAGCACAGGACCUGAUUGGUUCUGAUUCUGAAGUUGUAACUUUGAUUAAUGGCACUCUUUAUCAAUUUCUUUAAAAUCUCAAUUGGGUAGUUGUAAUUUUGUAUUAAAAUGCUGCUCUGACUCGGAGCAAGGACUUUUUGAAGGCAGCAUUUUGUCUGUUUUGGGUUGAGUUGUAGCAGUACAGAGGUGCACUUCAUAUCUUUGGGUGCUGUGUCCCCGAUGGGUUUAAAGUAUUCUUCUUACACUCAGAAACAGAUAGCCAUUGAAGAAUAUGCCUUGGAUUGAUAAAGAUUGCCAUUAGUUUAGUCAUUAUUAUAAUUGCAUGAAAGAAUAAUUAAGCUUCCCGACUUGAAAUAAACUACUCUCACGGUAAUAC